AUCACCAUCACUUAUCAAUUUCUCAUAUAUCGGCUGCCACUCGCGCGCUCCAUCCACGUCCGUUAUUUCCGGUCACUCGACUGCUUCAGCUACCAUCGUUUAUGACAUUCCAUCGAUAAGAAUUGUUAUCACGCCUCCCAGCCGGAAUUCUAAGCAGAUGCCACAAAAUGCCGGUACAGCUGGUUAAUUUGCUCCUCGGGAUCCGUUAAUCUGCGCAACUGCCUGAAUGUCUUGUUGAUCGGAUUGCUGUUGCUGAUCGGCUAUAUUGGAAUAAGUGGAGACUGGACAGUGUCUGCGUGCUGGACGCCCGUUCCGGUUAGGUCAUCGCCUGCUCUUGCUCUUCAUGUCCGCGUAUGUGUUGUCACCAUGACGCUGUCGGUGGCACUCUUAUUCUUCCUUUGCGCGUUGGAGUACACGCUCGGCGCGCGUCUCUCCUUGAAGUCGACGGAUGUCGCAUCGCUACAUAACACCGCGUUAGCGCUGGCCCGCAGCAACCCGCGGCUGGAAGGCCUGCGCUUCUUCGUGGGCUACAGCUGCGACCCGGACCACCCCUUCAACUGCCUGUUCAGCACGUGCCAGGCCGACGGCAUGUGCGGCUGCAACGCCAACGAGACCGUCUUCCUCGGCAUGAUGUGCUUGCCCUCGCGGCGCCUGGGCGAGUCGUGCAUCGACAACCAGCAGUGCCGCAAAGCCAGUCGCAACUCCAAAUGCGACAUCCCGCGCAGUCUGACCGUCGGGCUGUGCAGGUGCCUGGACGGGUCCCUCGGCAACAACAACACCUGCAGCCGGAUCGUGUCGGCCACCAGCAGCAACAGCCUCCCUGAAGCCAAGGACACCCUGGACAACGGCCGGCCCAAGCCGCCGACGUGCUCGUCGAACCAGCAGUGCCUGCGCUUCGGGCGCAACGCCGAGUGCAACCUCUUCAUGCAGACCUGCGACUGCAAGCCUGGCUACCGCAUGGACGACAAGGACAAGCUCUGCAAAGAUAUCAACGAGUGCAGCGAGCGCUCGCCGCAAGAGACCUGCCGCGCCAGUCGCGACUCGGACGUGGAGUGCACCAACACGGACGGCGGCUUCGAGUGCAGCUGCAAGACCAGUAAAGGUCGCAACAACGGCAAAGCACCCUCCGGGAUUUGUUGUUCGGAAGCGCAGAUUCCGUGCGACCGCGAAAUGAAGUGCGUGGACUUUUCCUCGGUUUGUGAUGGAUUUCCCAGAGAAUGAAAGGAUGCGCUUUCUGCAGACUGCGCGAACGGCUACGACGAGAACUUUGACUUUUGCGUGAAGCCGAAGAUCAGCCUGAACCUGGCGACGAGCAACGACAGCAGCAACGCCGUGUCCGUGCCCAGCCGCUCCCUAUCCCUCUUCAACGGCUUCGAUCCCGUCGACCCCAUGCCCUACACGCAAAUGUGAAUACGCGCUUUACUGCCAGGUCUGA